AUGCAAGCCGUGCAUUCGACAGGACGCAGACUUCUCCAGCCAGAAAUGCGAGAUUUGCCGCUCGAAAGAGUGGUAGAAUCUUUUACUUUGAGCAAAACAGGACACUAUUAUUGUGGACCUUUCUACAUCAAAGACAGCAGCAGUCAAGGAAGUAAAAUAUAUGUGGCUAUCUUCAUUUGCUUUGCGACUAAAGCAGUUCACAUGGAAACCGUCAACUCUCUCACAAAGGACGAUUGCUUAGAUGCUGUAAAACGAUUUUGCGCCAGAAGAGGAUUACCAAAGGCUUUCUACAGUGACAAUUCGAUGACUUUUAUUGGCUCUCGAAGUGAAAUUGAAUUCCAAAAAUUGAUGAUGAACAAAGAAUUUAAAGAAUUCCUCAGCAAAUUUGCCAACGACCACUCAGUUUCAUGGUACACUAUUCCACCGAAAGCGCCACACUUCGGAGGAUUAUGGGAAGCGGCAGUGAAAUCAUUGAAACGACAUUUAUUCCGAACAGUUGGGAAAACGCAAUUAAAACUUCAUCAGUUCCUCAAAGUUCUCACACAAAAUGAGGCCAUCCUCAAUUCAAGGCCACUUGUUACGCCAUCUAAUGAUGUCAAUGAUGCACUCGCUUUAACACCAGGACAUUUUCUCAUCGGAAGACCAUUGACAGCAAUGUUGUGUUCUACGCGCGACAAGAAGACAUCGCUCAGUCGACAAAUCAAAACCAUUGACAACAUAGUUCGACAAUUUUGA